UACUGAGGAAGCAUUGGCCACCGACACAAACUGAAAUUUCAAGGAUCAUCAGAACAGAAGCAGAAUUCUGCUGAUCCUUUUCGACUUAAUCAAGUAGGCAUAUAUAUAGCCAAUUGUAGCAGCAACAACAAAUUCUGCUUUCUUGAUUUGGCCCUUUCUCCAAUUUUCGAGAAGCAUGUAAUGGCGUUUAUUCUGGAUCUUACAUUUUCCUCUCUUCUUCCCGUGGCUUUGCUACUUCUAACCCUUUUUAUAUGGUUCUAUGCUUCUUCUAAACCCCAACAAAGGCUACCACCUUCUCCAUCAAAGUUUCCAGUUGUUGGAAAUCUUUUCCAACUCGGGUUAUAUCCUCACCGCAAACUUCAAUCAUUAUCAAGAAAAUAUGGUUCCCUCAUGCUGGUUCAUUUUGGUAGCAAGCCCGUGGUUGUUGCCUCUUCAGCUGAUGCAGCUUGUGAAAUCAUGAGAACCCAUGAUUUAGUCUUUGCUAACAGGCCUAAAACAAGCAUGAAUGAUAGGCUUCUAUAUGGCAGCAAGGAUAUCGCAUUCUCACCUUACGGUGAGUAUUGGAGGCAAGUGAGAAGUAUUUGUGUGCUUCAGCUUCUAAGUCAUAAGAGGGUUCAAUCAUUUCGAAAUGUAAGAGAGGAAGAGACUUCACUUAUGGUUGAAAAAAUUAGAAAUUUUUCAGCUUCUUCGCCACCUUUAUCAGCCAUAAACUUGAGUGAUCUUCUUAUGACACUCACAAAUGAUGUGAUUUGUAGGGUGGCCUUGGGGAGGAAGUACAGUGAUAGGGAAGAUGGAAGCAAAAGUAUGCAAAUCAUGAAGGAAUUUAUUGAGUUGUUAGGUACUAUUGAUAUAGGAGAUUUUGUUCCAUGGCUUGGAUGGUUGAGACAUCUUAAUGAUUUGGAUGAUAAAGUGGACAAAGUUGUUAAGCAACUUGAUGAAUUUCUGGAGGGUGUCAUUAAGGAGCACAAAGAUAUGAAAAAUGGAAAGGCUAACACUGAUGAUAGUAUAGAGGGAAAAGGCUCAGAUUUGGUGGAUAUCUUGCUUGAAAUUCAGGGGGAAAAGUCGACAGGCUUUAUACUCGAACUUGACAGUCUCAAAGCAAUCAUUUUGGACAUGUUCGCUGCUGGGACUGAUACAACACACACAGUUAUGGAAUGGGCAAUGACCGAACUCUUGAGGCACCCAAAAAUCUUGGAGAAAUUGCAGACUGAGGUGAGACAAGUAGCUCAAGGAAAACCAGAAAUCACUGAGGAUGAUCUAGACAAAAUGGACUACUUAAAAGCAGUGAUCAAGGAGACUUUACGACUUCAUACGCCAAUCCCACUACUCGUUCCUCGAGAAUCAACACAACACGUUAAACUUAUGGGGUAUGAUAUACCGGCAGGGACACGAGUAAUGGUGAACGCUUGGGCGAUUGCACGAGAUCCAUCGCUUUGGAAUCAGCCUGAAGAAUUUCAGCCAGAGAGGUUCUUGAACAGUACAAUCGAUUUUCGAGGUUUUAACUUUGAGUUAAUUCCAUUUGGAGCUGGAAGAAGGGGUUGCCCGGGUACUACCUUUGCUGUGGCCGUUAACGAGCUUGCAUUAGCAAAAUUGGUACACAAGUUUGAUUUUGCAUUGCCUGAUGGAGUUGAACCAAAGGAUUUGGACAUGUCUGAAUCCACUGGUCUCACUAUCCAUAGAAAAAAUCCUCUGUUUGCAGUAGCUAUUCCACAUUCUGGUUAGACACCCUCUUUACCUAUCCUUUCCAGUAUAAAUAUGGACCUUAUACUGAUUUAUUCAGUAAAGAUCCAGCCAGUGGAUAUCUAAUAUUGAUGUUUGGUAUAUUAAUUUAUCCUUAGGUACCACAAUAAAUUUCUGUUAUUUGCUCUUUGCUCCCACCUCCCCCCUGUAACUAGUUUUAUUGAGGAGGCAUGAAGCAUUGAUUGUAUACACCAAUUAGCAUUAUCCUCAGUUGUGGUAGCACAAUUAACAAAGCAAUGCUUAUCAGAAUGUUAUCUGCUGAUGAUAAUGGUAAUAGUCGAAUGAUAUUCUACCUUUAA